AGAGAGCAGCUUCCACUUGCAGAUGAUGACAGUGAGAACGAAGAUGAGCAGCCUCAAGUGGUAACACUGAAAAAAGGGGACUUAACUGCCGAAGAAGCAAUGAAAAUUAAGCAGCAAAUCAAAGAGGCCUUAAAGACAAGUGAAUCAGAUGGUGAACCAGAACCUGCUGAUGGAAAAAUUAUGUUCAGGAAACCAGCCAAACGUUCAUCAGAGAAGUUUUUGGACUUCAAUGUAAGUUCAAGUAAGAAGAUGAAGGAGGCAAAGAAAACUAAGGAAGCAACUACUCCUCAGAGUACAGCUAAGCAAAUAAAAAAUAGCAGCCUUCUCUCAUUUAAUGAUGAAGAAAAUGAUGAUUAG